AUGGCUUUACUCGUUCUGUUAUUUUUGUUUGGUCAUGUUUUUAACUUGCAGGUUUCUUCUGCGCCCGUUAGUAAUGUCUCCAAACACUGUAAAUUUCAGCUUAAAUUCUGGCAUAUCUCAGACCUGCACUUGGAUCCGACCUACCAUGUGACAGAAGACCAUACCAAAGUGUGUUUUUCCUCUAAGGGUGUUCCCGCAUUGGACCCUGGAGUGUUGGCGAUUUCCUCUGGAUUCUCCAUACAGCUCAUUCUCUCAGCGUUUAGUUACAUGAAGCGGGACCUGCAGCCUGAGUUCAUUAUAUGGACCGGAGACAGUCCUCCGCAUGUCCCUAAAGAAGAGCUGUCCACUGAUGUAGUGAUCAAUGUGAUUGCUAAUAUGACCCACACCAUACAGCAGUUCUUCCCACAGAUUCCUGUUUAUCCUGCCCUGGGCAACCAUGACUACUGGCCACAGGAUCAGUUCCCAACAUCUGCGAAUGCGAUUUAUGAUGCUGUUGCCAAACUCUGGUCUUCGUGGUUGAAUCCAGCAGCUGUGGCUACUUUGCAGAAAGGAGGCUUUUACUCUCUUGUGAUCAAACCUGGUCUGCGUCUGGUGAGUCUCAACACAAACCUGUACUACAGUCCUAAUGAAGUGACCGUAAACAUGAGCGACCCUGCGGGGCAGUUCCAAUGGCUGCAGGAAACACUUGAGCUGUCAAGACAAAACAUGGAGAAGGUCUAUGUGAUCGCGCACGUCCCCAUCGGUUACCUACCCUUUGCUAAAAAUACGACAGCCAUCCGAGAACACUACAAUGAACAACUGGUCAAAAUAUUUCGCAACUACAGUGAGGUGGUGGAGGGUCAGUUUUAUGGGCACACUCAUCGGGACAGUAUCAUGAUUCUGUUGGAUCAGCAAGGUAAACCUGUGAACUCCAUAUUUGUCACACCUGCUGUUACACCCAUCAAAAGUCAAUCAGAGCCAUUUUCAAACAACCCUGGUGUGCGCGCAUAUCUCUACCAACCUGACAGUUAUGCUUUGCUGGAUAUUUGGCAGUUCUAUCUAAAUCUUGAAGCAAACUUGGAGCAAAGGUCUGAGUGGAAGCUGGAAUACACAAUGACUGAGGCGUUUGGUAUCGAUGACAUUCAGCCACGCAGCUUGCAGGAACUCGCACUUAGGUUUGAAAAGCCACAAAGCAAGGCCUUUGACAAGUAUUUUAGCAAUUUUAUGGUAAGCUACAACACAAGUGCAAGAUGUGAGGGUGUCUGCAAGACAAUUCAGGUUUGUGCUGUACACUAUUUGGAUAGAGAGAGCUACUCGCAGUGUAUUGACAAAAGACAGAAGGAUUGAGCUGAUGAUACAAUACUGAGGGAGAUACUUGAUU